UGUUGUUGAGAGUAUAGAUAGUGCCUUAUAUAAUUAACCCAGUUCGUUAGCGUUUUGUGCUGUUCGCAUUAGUAAGUAGUGAUCCUUCCUGUAUAACCAAUGGCAUGUGUGAGGAUGUGAACAUGUGUGUGAAAUCUCGCGUGUGUUGUGAGAACAAGCGAAGAUCAAUAUAAUCAGAGAAUCAUGACGACUGACACAGAACUCAAAUAUGGGGUCGAAGUGUCGGAACAAGAAACGUUACCAAUGCAGCAAAAUGGUGACUGUACAGACGACACCAAAGUACCAGAGGUGAAACCUACGUCAUUUUGUGUUGAAAUUCGACAUAACAAGGUCACGAGGCUGCAGGUCAUAAGAAGUAUGUGUGUGUCUUCAGCGUACGUCAUCAUGGUCAGUAUCACUGUGUCUUCAGCGUACGUCAUCAUGGUCAGUAUCAGGGGUAUGGCUUAAGAUGUCGUUAAUUUGUCAUGAUCAGUGCCAUAUCUCACUUUCGUACGCAUUUUACCAUCGGCACCCCUCAAAUUUGGGCCUUUCUGCGACUAAUCAGUGAGAAGGUUAAUAUUUAGCAGAAAGAUACUUAAGGUCACCUGCAUAUGGUAUGCUAAUUAAAACAUCAGAUUUUUUCUGGGCCAAUAGAAAUUUCAGGGGUCAUAGGUCACAGGAUGUAAAACACAAGUGUCAGUUUGUUCGGGCUCAAUAUCAGAUGAUAUUUCUUAUGUUAAAUGUUACAUAGGUGUCAGGUUUAGGAACACAAUCUGAAAAAAAUGUAAAACAAAACAAAACCUGAAAAAGUAGGUCACAAUGACCUAAUUUUACGUCUUGUCAAUUUUGAUGGCAAAAACUUAAGAAAAAUGACCAAGAUCAUAAAACACCUAAUAAUAACUUCAACAGUAAUCCUGCCCCGCAUUGGAAUCAAAAUUUAUAUUUGGCAAGUUGCUGACCAUUCAGAGUCCUGGUACAUGUAUCUUAUGACGGGGUCACCUAACAUAUUUUCAGAUUAAAUCUAAUUUUAAUCAAACAAUGUAGCCAGGAUCCUUGGUGGGUGAUGAUGUAAGCAUAUACCAGGUUGGCUAGUUAAACCCGACCCAAGGGUCUGAGGGCUAAGGCGGAUGGGGUCACAGAGUGCAUUUUAAGCCUCACUUCAGCUUAUUAGCCACACAAGUCUGGUUCUGAUUAAACUUGGUAGCAAUAAUCAACAAUAUGUGGUAGCAAUAAUCAACAAUAUGUGGUAGCAAUAAUCAACAAUAUGUGGUAUUAUAACCUAAACAAAAAAAUAACGAUAUUCUUUAAGAAUCCAGUAAAGGUUAUAUAGGUUUCAAUGAAAACAUCUUUGUAUUUGACCUAGGGGUGGAUAAAAGGUCAGAUUGGACCAGCUUUUCCAGACCUCAUUCGUAUUUCUGGGGUGGAUCUUCAGAAAGGAUCCGCUUUUAUGACCGCCUAUUACGCUGGUCGAUUUCUUGGAUCGUUACUUGCUGGGGUCAUCUAUUCUAGAAUGAAUAAAUUCCUUUUAUUUGGAAUUGCUUUGGUAAUGUUUGGCGUGGUAGUGGGAUCGAUUCCUUGGUGUGCUCAGUACGAGUUGAUGAUCACUGCGCAUGUCAUACUUGGAAUCUUUGGAGGCAUCCUCGCUGUGGCAAUUUAUUCCGAAUCGGUGCUCAUUUGGGGGCCUACAGGAAGAGGACGUUCUUACCUAAUGCUUCACGGCGCGAUCUCCAUCAUUGCGAGUGUAGUUGCACCCAUAGCAACAGGACCAUUUCUGACGGAUAAUCCCAAUGACAUCUUCAAUGCCUCGUCUGUUCCUUAUACUAACAUUAACAUUUCUAUCCACACCACAAUGCCGUCCAAUAUUACUACUGAGGUUUACUUAAAUGGGACUUCAUUCAGUAAUCCGCCUCAAAACUCAUCUCGACUUUACAUUGCAUAUUCAAUUUCGGCUGGGCUGUGCUUUCUUGUUGCUCUGCCUUUUUUCAGAUUGUUUCGAUUUUCGAAAUCAAACAAAAUGGCGUUUUUAGCAAAAGAGAGAAAUAAAUUCAUAGGAUCUUUUUCUCUGUUUUUUAAACGACUACAGCUGUUGAAUGUCGGUGUCUAUAGUCUGUUUCAUAAUGCAGUAGAUUAUACCUUUACGGGAUACUUGAGUACGUUUUGUGUCAAAUAUCUUCUGUGGACGAAUAUGUCAGGAGCUAUGCUCACUUCUACUGCAUUCUUCACAAGACUUUUGGGAAGUAUAAUUGGUAUAUUCCUUGUCCGUCUUUUUAAAUCCGACACUCUUUUAUUACUAUCUACCACAGCGUACACUUUGGGAUUUGUAGGAUUUACCAUCAGUGCGCAUGUCUUUAGUGACGUAGGCGUCUGGAUUUCUGUAUGCGUCAUUGGAAUUCCCUUCGGUCUUGUCUGGCCGAAUUUCCUAAGUUGGAUAAAUGCUAGUUUGAUUCCAGUUCGAGGUGAAAUAUCAAGUUUUAUUAAUGUCACAUCUUUCUUAGGAGCUCUGCUGGCGCCUAUGUUAUUUGGGUACAUGAUGGAGGAAGUGUCUCUUCUAUGGUUCUGUUACCUGUGUGCUGGGAAGUCUAUUGUUAACAUCAUCAACGCUGUCAUUAUACUAUGCUAUUCCAGAUCAAUGAAAAAACAACUGUAGCUCAGUAUCACUAAUUAACACACAAUGUACCUGUAUUGUAUUGCAAUUUUAUGUCAAAAUACCUUUUCACAAAGGAAUUAAAAGAAUUUUUCAUAAUGAAAUCCCGCGAAAAUUUGUUUCAUUUAACGUGUUAUAGAUUCGCUAUCAACGGAAUAACUUUCAGGUGCUUUCGUUUGACUAUAAAUGUACAUCAGCUACCUAGUGAUAUAAAUUACAAAUAGCCUACAUCCAAAACGCAAAGGGAGAACAUUUGUUUAUAUUAAUAUGUGUUUAGUUUUCUCUGUAGAAGUAUCGGAAAUAAAUUUGAUUUAAACACA